AUGGGCGCCCAAAAACUGCCAACCGAAUUGCUAGGAGGCAUCAUUGGCCUCAUGGAGCCAACCACUACGGCGCUCAUGGCACGAUCGGUAUGCCAGCGGUGGAAUAUGCUAGCGGUACCACACGCGUUCCGAAAAAUAAUUCUUAGGCCGACGAAAAAGAGCUACAAGGCGUGGGGUGCCUUACUUGAAAAUGCGCGAAUCAAAGACGCAGUUCGCGAGAUUAUCAUCUACAGCCAUAUCAAUGACGAGGAUGAAGGCUUAACGAACGAAAUCAUGGAGGAGUUUACCAUUACCUUGCAAAAAGUUCACGAUCUCCACCACAUGGAGAAAAUCACAGUCAAAUUCUCUCCACUGUGCUGUGGCCCGGAAUCCUUGGUCUAUGAUAUGAUAAGCAAUGAAUCGUACAAGAAACGGGUCAACGUCUUCGAGGAUGUGUUCAAUGCGAUACAGACGCGAUCGCACCAGCCUGGAAGGACUAGCAUCCGCUCACUCGUGGUUGAAAAUAUGCAGAACGCGCCCAUCCCCACAUUCACAUCCUCAAGCCUCUUCAAGUCCGUGGCUGAAGAUUUGGAGGAACUCCACCUCCACAUCGUUCAGGAACACAACGAAUUCCGGCCAGAAUGGGAGCUCCAGGCCACUGAGCUGGUGACUUUUGAGCCAUGGCUGCAAAACAGUUGGUUGAUGCCAAUGGCGAACUUGAGAUCACUGUCAUUAUGCAUUGAUGAAUUUUGGGGGACAGCACCAGGCACAUUCAAUGGCCGUGGUCUAGCAUUCCCUCAUCUCAAGAGCUUGAAGCUUAAAUACUUCAACAUUUCACACUAUAACCAUUUUGACUGGGUUCUCAAUCAGACCACAUUAGAGAGCUUGCGGCUGGAUAGUUGUACCAUUGCUACAGCACUACGGUUUGGUGAGGGAAUAGAUCUUUGGAGUCCGGAAAUGCAUGAUUGGGAACCCGGUCCAGAGGGUAAAUUUGGCAGUGACUACGGAGAAGUAUUUUUCUUUCCGGGGACUUGGGAGUUCAUAUUUGAGAAAAUUCGUACCAGGCUACCCAACCUGGUCGACUUCGAAUUUCUUCCUGGGCCAAGAUAUAUUCAAGAACUCAACAGUGUUCGAGAAUUCCACAACCCGACGCAGCAGACCACAGUCUUGUAUGGGUCUCGAUACAGUGUUUUUUGUGAAUCUUCAGGUUGGGAAGAUCCGACGUGUUUUGGACACAUGGAUUUCUGUGACAUGGAACCGAGUGAUCAGGCAAUGCUUGACCGGCACAAGCCUACCGAGGAGGGGGAUCAAAGGGCCCUCGAAGAAUUGCUAGACGCAACCCAGAGGCGCCAAAACAAAUGA